CUCAUCUAUAAAUAGUGAACUGAUCUAAUUCAACUGUGAUCAAUAUCAUCAUCAUCAUCAUCAUGAGUACUUACUCCAUCUUUUUAUUUGCAUUUUCUCUUUUCUUCUUGCCUUUUUUUUCCCAUUUCAACAUUUGCUUAGCUCUCGAGUCUGAAGAAGAAGAAAAUUAUUCUUAUGAUGAAAAUACUGGAAGAGGACCCUCUCGAUGGGGGGAGCUUAACCCAAGUUGGUACCGUUGUGGUAAUGGAACAAGUCAAUCUCCAAUUGACAUUUCAAGAUUAAGUGAACAGCUCAGUCCUGAUCUAGCUGCUUUACAUACCCAUUACAAACCUGCCCAAGCUACUUUGAUCAACAAAGGACAUGACAUUCUGGUACAAUGGAAUGAAGAUGCAGGAGACCUGAACAUUAGUGGAGUUGAGUAUAAAUUGUUGCAAUCUCAUUGGCAUACACCAUCUGAGCACAAAAUCAAUGGAAGGAGGUUUGAUGCGGAGCUUCAUGCUGUUCACAAAAAUUCUUUGGGUGAGAUUGCGGUACUUGGAAUUCUCUUCACAUCCGGUCCGCCAAAUCCCCUUCUUUCAAAGGUGUAUGAUCAAAUAAGAUCCCUCGAAAAUAAUAAGACUGGAGAAAUAGGUUUGGGAAUAAUCAAUCCAUAUGAGAUUGGGUUUGAAAACAAUAGCAGUUAUUACAGAUAUAAUGGUUCUCUUACAACUCCUCCAUGUGACGAGGGUGUACUUUGGACUCUACUCGAACAGGUGCAAACUGUUUCCUUCGGACAAAUCAAAGCAUUAAAGGACGCAGUAAAAGAUGGCUAUGAAGAAAAUGCAAGACCAACUCAACCAAUAAAUGGAAGAACAGUGGAUCAGUAUCCUCGGAGCCAUUUUUAAUGAAUGAAUGAAUGAAUGUUUAAUCAUGGUGUAACUAUAAACAUAUAUAUAUAUAUUAUAUAUACUGAUAUAUAUACAGCCAAGGCUCUUGUUAUGUAACACUACUACUACUACUUGAGAAUUAUCGUUAGCUUUCCAUUUUGUGUGUUUUACUUUAGUUUGAAUAAGUUAUAUGAUGUUUGAACUAUGUGAAAUGUUUCAUAAUAAUUGCAUUCAGUGCAAACUAUCUGUGAAUUUAGUUUCAAGUUUGUUAUGAAUAUGAUUUUACU